AUGGCGAUCAAGCACAACAACCAAAUCCAGAAGAACCACUUCCGCAAGGACUGGCAGCGUCGUGUGCGCGUGCACUUCGACCAGCCCGGCCGGAAGCACCGUCGUCGUGAGGCCCGUAUCUCCAAGGCCGCCGCUGUUGCUCCCCGUCCCGUCGACAAGCUGCGUCCCGUUGUCCGGUGCCCUACCAUCAAGUACAACCGCCGCGUUCGUGCUGGUCGUGGUUUCACCCUCGCUGAGCUGAAGGAGGCCGGUAUCCCCAAGAAGCUCGCUGGCACCGUCGGUAUCUCGGUCGACCACCGCCGCACCAACUACUCUAAGGAGUCUCUGGUUGCCAACGUCGCCCGCCUGAAGGACUACAAGGCUCGCCUGAUCCUCUUCCCCCGCAAGAGCGGUCAGUUCAAGAAGCUCGACUCUUCUGCCGAGGAGGUCAAGGCCGCUAAGGCCGGUGAGGGUAUCGCCAAGAACGUCGGCGCUUCCUUCCCCAUCAUCAACCCCGCCCUCGAGGCCGCCGUCACCGAGGUCAAGCGCGACGCCCUGCCCAAGGGUGAGGAGGCUGCGUACCGCCGCCUGCGCGACGCCCGCGCCGAGGCCCGCCACCGCGGCCAGCGCGAGAAGCGUGCCCGUGUCCAGGCUGAGGAGGAGCAGGCCGCUAAGAAAUAA